ACGUGAUAAGGAGUGACGUCACGUGCACCCUGUGACAACACUGUUGCUCGAGGUAAAUCACCACCGACAACAGGAGGACAGGAUUGACUUAAAUUUGGGACGGAUACAUGUAAUUUAGGUUUUAUUGGAGCUAGACGAGGCGUCUUAGCCGCCGUUGCCCCCCAGAAGAGCCAAAAUGACGGCAGCGGUGUUUUUCGGGUGCACCUUUAUCGCCUUCGGCCCGGCCAUCGCGCUGUUCCUGUUUACUAUCGCACGGGAGCCGCUCCGGGUCAUUUUCCUCAUAGCAGGGGCCUUCUUCUGGCUGGUGUCUCUGCUGCUGUCCUCCCUGGUGUGGUUCAUCUCGGUUCAGAUCAGCAACAAGGACAGCGCGGCGCAGCAGAAAGGCCUGCUCAUCUUCGGCGUGGUGCUGUCCGUCCUGCUGCAGGAGACUUUCCGCUUCGGUUACUACAGGCUGCUCAAGAAAGCGAAUGAAGGCCUCCUCACUCUGAGUCAGGAGGAGACCAUGCCCAUCUCCAUCCGGCAGCUGGCCUACGUGUCGGGCCUUGGCUUUGGGUUUAUGAGCGGAGCCUUCUCAGUGGUGAACAUCCUGGCGGAUUCUGCCGGGCCCGGGACCGUCGGCAUCCACGGGGACUCGCAGCACUACUUCCUGUCCUCAGCCUUCAUGACGAUGGCCAUCAUCCUGCUCCACAUGUUCUGGGGCGUGGUCUUCUUCGAUGCCUGUGAGAGGCAGCUCUGGUGGGCGGUGGUCGCCGUGGUGCUCAGCCACCUGCUGGUCUCCUGCCUGACCUUCCAGAACCCGGAGUACGUCUCCAGCCUGGUGCCCACCUACGUCAACCUGCUGCUGAUGGCCGUCUGGGCCUUCUACACCGCCGGCGGAUCCCUCCGGAACCUCAAGCUCUGCCUCACCUGCAAAGACAAGGACUUCCUGCUGGCCAACCACCGGCCCAGAUAGCGCCGGAACAGGACUCUAUUGAAAGAUCCCAGAGUUAAGGCACACAGAAGGAGGGCGGCUUCUCCUGAAGCUGCCCCAGAGCUGAUCCACCUUCUCUAGUCUUAAAAAAAAUCAGUUUUCUUAAAAAAAGAAAAUGGAUUUGGGUUACUUUGAUUCGGCCAGCACACAUUUUUCCCAUCAUGCAACCAACACUCUCCACACUCCCACCGGGUCUAAAUGUGGAAAACCCUGUAGAUACUGUAUGCUUUCAGUUUAAAAGCCCCGACAUGAUGGAGCCAUUUUCCAACACCACCUUUAGUCUGAGGGAAAACCUGCCUUCAAGGUACUAUGAACACAUGAUUGUGGUUUUGUGUUUAACUUGUUGAGGAUAUAAGUUAAAAAACCUCCCUCCAAAGACCAAGGGAUGCAGAGGGGUAAAAUGGGCUCUGGGCAGACUGUCUGCCUCCUCACAGCUGAUCAUUCCUUCUUUUUCCUUUUUUUUUGUUCUGUGUAUGUAAACGCAUCGUAAACUCAAGCAGGAAUUUGCUCAGAGAUCUUUGAAUGUUCACCUUUUAAUUGCCUUUUCAGGUUUUUGUUUGUGGGCGAGCACUGGAAUUUGUGAAUAAAUCCAUAAUGUCAGACACGGCGCACGACGAUUGUGUUGCUUUUGUCGUUUGUGUGUCGCCUGUGCAGGUUUGUGUGGACUGAAGUCUCAUUUUGCCGUCCUGUGACCGAGUUUCACUCUGCUGACGGAUCCGCCUGAAACUAAAGCAGUUAGUCCCCCCUAAGGUUGUCUUUUUUGUUAAAAAAUGUAGUCUUGUAUGUUUGUCGUUCUGAGAAUGACGUUUGUAAUGCUGUUCGCAUUCGCUGAUUUAAAAAAAAAAAUGGUGGGAAACCCUCUCAAUGGGCUGUUUUUAACACAAUGUAAGGGUCAGAAACUAAGUUUGACCUAAAGUUUUUGGACAUUGGUGCAUUUUAAGCUUUUUUGAGAGGACUUAUAAAGCAGGUUUUCUAAGUGGAGGCUCAAAAGCAGAAGUUUUGCAUUAAGAGUCGACACUCUCUUAUGUCCAGCUUUACUGCUUUAGCUUGAGGAGGGCGUGUUGGUCAUCUCCGGUUUACCUGCUCUCUCUGGACUCAAAGCGACUUUGGGAUAAAGCUGAAGUUUUCAUCCGCUGUUGAAAUGGUCCUGGUAGACGUUGGUUUGUAUCUUAGAAAUAAAAACACUAGCUUCCCCUCAGAAUCUGGUGUUUGUUUUAUUUUUUUAUAUUAAACUGCAGACUUGUUUUAAGCCUUUUUUUCCUCAGACGGCA